AUGGAGGACGGAAAAGAGCAGUCCAAGAGCGCGUUGAAGAAGGCCGAGAAGCAGGCCAAGAUGGCUGCUGCAAAGGCUGAGAAGGCCGCAAAGCAAGCGUCGCUCCCUGUUGUUGGCGGCAAGAAGACGGACGACAUCAUCGGCAUCACUGUCUCCAAGACGGAAAACUUUUCACAAUGGUACCAAGAGGUUGUGCUCAAGGCCGAGAUGAUCGAGUACUACACCGAAAUCUCGGGUUUCUUCAUCAUGCGCCCGGCCACCAUGUACGUCUGGAACACGAUCCGAAAGUGGUUCCAAGAGCGGAUCGAGGAAAUGGGUGUCGAGGAGACCAAUUUCCCCAUGUUCCUUUCGCAAAAGUCGUUGGAGAAGGAGAAGGACCACGUCGAGGGCUUCGCCCCCGAGCUCGCGUGGGUAACAAAGGCCGGUGACAAGGACCUCGAAGUUCCCGUCGCUGUGCGCCCGACUUCUGAAGCGGUCAUGUACCCCUACUACUCCAAGUGGAUUCGCAGCCAUCGCGACCUCCCCUUCCGCCUAAACCAGUGGAACUCCGUCGUCCGUUGGGAAGCCAAGCAGACAACCCCCUUCCUUAGAGCCAGAGAGUUCCUCUGGCAAGAAGGCCACACGGCCCAUUUAACCGAGCAACUCGCUGGGGAGGAGGUUCUCCAAAUCCUCGAGCUGUACGCCGGCAUCUACGAACAACUGCUCGCCGUUCCGGUUGUGCGGGGAAGGAAGACGGAGGCUGAGAAGUUCGCCGGUGGCUACUACACAACGACGGUCGAGGGGUACAUUCCCUCAAACGGGCGGGGCAUCCAGGGCGCCACAUCCCAUUGCCUGGGUCAGAACUUCUCCAAGAUGUUCGACAUCACCGUCGAAGACCCGAACGAGAAAGGCAAGCACAUCAACGUCUGGCAGAACUCGUGGGGUCUGUCCACACGUGUCAUCGGCGUCAUGGUCAUGAUCCACGGUGACGACAAGGGCCUCGUCCUGCCCCCGCGCAUCGCCAAAAUUCAAUCCAUCCUCAUCCCCGUCGGCCUUACCGCGAAGAUGACCGCUGAGGAGAAGGAGAAGCACCUCAAGCACCUCGAUGAGAUCUUCUUCACCAUCAAGAACGCCGGCAUCCGAACCGAGGUCGACCUGCGUGACGGUUACACCCCGGCGUGGAAGUUCAACGACUGGGAGCUGAAGGGCGUGCCCCUCCGCCUGGAAUUCGGGCCCAAGGACGCGGCCAAGGAGGUUGUCAGCUACGCGCGCCGCGACACGGGCGAGAAGGGCACGAUCCCGAUCACCGAGCUGACCACCAAGAUCCCCGAGCUGCUCGAGACGAUCCAGCAGGACAUGUACAACAAGGCCGAGGCCGCGUACCGGGCGCACCGCCUACAGAUCACCAAGUGGGACGAGGUGGUCCCCGCGCUCGACGCCAAGAACGUCGUCAUCAUCCCGCACUGCCUGGUCCCCGCGUGCGAGGACAAGAUCAAGGAGCUGACUGCCGGCCGGGCGGACGACGCCGCCGAGAACACCCCCGAGGGCCAGAAGGCCCCCUCCAUGGGCAUGAAGUCGCUGUGCAUUCCGUUCGAGCAGCCCGAGGGCCUGGUCAAGGGCGAGACCAAGUGCCUGAGCCCGGAGUGCACCCGGUUGGCGGAGCAGUGGUGCAUGUUCGGGCGGAGCUACUAA